AUGCCAGCUCAUACUCGCGCCACCAACGACGCUAACAAAGAGAACGCAAUGGACGUCGACGUUCCGAGCGAAGUAGGAGAACAAACUGUACUAACAAUGAAAACGGAAGACGGUCUCGAACAUGAAGAUUAUGACCCCAAUCAAGAUAAAGAAGAAAAGAGGUGGUUAAGGAAAGCUUAUCGGAGUCUAAUAUUACAAACUGAAGAAAAUCGUCAGGAGUAUCUGAGGCCGGAGUCGGACGGCCUGAAGAGGACACUGAACAAGGCGAAUGAGCUGUAUCAAAAGGUAAAGCAGACACAUGAGGCAACGCUCGAUUCUCGCCUACUAGUUCUUUCUGGCGACCUCGGAGUGCAGAAGGCCAGGUUGAUGCGGGUGGAUAGUAAUGCAUUUGAUAUCGACGAUUACGUUGCAAAACUUGUUACGUUCAUGGGUGGUCGUCAAUAUGACGAUGAAGAUGAGAGUCCGAAAUUAGACUGGAAAGCUCUCGGAAAGGUAGCGGCCAGGUAUACAGAUCGGGUACCGACUAUGGACUUUAUGCUUGGUCCGUUGUCAGUCGAACAGAAACAGCGAAAGACGCCCGGUCAGCGCGCUCGGCUUGUGAAAUGCAAAGACGAUUUGAAGCGACCACAAGAGAUAAAAGAAGGUGAUCUCAUAAGAGAAGAGAACGAGACAACCCGUAAUGUCGUCAUGAUCUACAAAAUUCUCGAAGAAAACACACCAAUAAACAUGUUCGAAUUCAUACUGAACCCCGAGUCGUAUGGUCAGUCCGUUGAAAAUCUGUUUUAUGUUGCAUUUUUAAUACGGGAUGGAAAAGCAUAUAUCGAGGACGAGACGGGUGAACCAAUACUAUCAAUCUGCGAACCUCCGACACAAGAAGAUUAUCAACAGGGGUUGACGAAAAAACAAUUAGUGAUGGAAUUGGAUUACCACACAUGGAAGGAUACAAUCGAGUGCUAUGGCAUCAAACGACCAAUCAUUGCUACGAGACAAAAGAAAGCAGUGAAGAGCUCGUAUCCGACGUCUGUCGACGAGGUACUCGGAGGCAUUGCCCGUAACAAAACUAGCGCAACAGCGCCCGGCGUGGAGCUCGAUCUAGAGUCCCAUGGGGACCCAUGGUAUAAUCGAGCUUUGGUCGCAUGUUGGGGACCACGGCUGCGUCCAGGGAACAGGUGGUGA